AACACCCCUCUUUUUGGGUCGAGCAAACGAACAAGCGGGUCGUACCGCCCAUAAAAAUUUGAAUACCAGAGGAACCGCCAAUGUAAUACCAGCCUUUCAGGUGUGGAUAAUUGAUCCGCCUUGAAUCGAUUGAAAUCGAUUGAAAUCUAAUGGAAACACCGCCAAAGGGAGUUGGUUUCACUGGAUCAAUUUUCUAUUGUUUCGAAUAAAUGUGACUAUUUUGGAGUUAAUUUUUUUAGUUGGCUUUUAAUACAGGAUAUCUUAAUUAAGAACUUCAAAGAGUUUAUUUACUGGAUGUUGACGAAGUGUUAACAAUAUAAUCAGAAAAUGUUGAAGAAGAUGCAGUGCUUGAUGUUAAUUCUAGCUACACUAUGUGAAGUAAAUGCCUACAGAUAUCUGUUAGUAAGUCCAAUACCGGGUAAAAGCCAUGCAAUUUUGGGAGAAGCACUGGUUGAAAAUCUAGUUAAUGCUGGACACGAGGUAACAUAUAUAACAUCAUUUAUCCCAGACAAAUUACACUCACGAGUUACUAUUGUUGAUGUUAGUGAAAAUAUCAAGCGUCUUCCUGAAGAGGAAUCAUUUAACAUAACAGCAAUUAUGGAUGGCAAAAACAAGAUCAGUUCUAUUGCUUUUUUGGCAUCAUUGAUGAUGAAUAUCAGCAAAGAUACAAUAGAGAACCCGAAUGUACAAAAGUUAAUCACUGAUAGAACUCAAACGUUUGAUGCUGUGAUUUCGGAAUGGAUGUUCAAUGAGGUCUAUGCUGGAUUUGCUGGCAUUUUUAACUGUCCUUUCAUCUGGUUCUCGUCAAUAGAACCUCAUUGGGUGCUAUUGGAGUUAGUUGAUGAGAUGCCCAACCCUGCGUAUACAGCUACAGUGUCAUCUAAUAGAAUCCCCCCUUUGACGUUUGAGGAACGAGUCACUGAAUUGUAUUCCCAAAUUGUGGGAAGGCUUAUGAAAACUUUUUUGGUAUCUGGCCUUGAACAUGAGAUAUACAAUGAUAUUUUCGUACCCGUUAUCCGAAACAGACAUAAUUUUGUGCCAGAUUUUGAAACAUUAAGGUAUAAUGCGUCUUUGCUUUUGAGCAACUCACAUUUAUCUAUGGGAAUCGCUGCAAAAUUGCCGCCUAAUGUUAUUUGUAUCGGAGGAUAUCACAUUAAACCUAACGUAAAGCCAUUACCUGAGGAUCUGCAACAGCUUAUGGAUAAUGCCAAGCAUGGUGUGAUUUACUUUAGCAUGGGUUCAACUUUGAGAAGUACAAAUUUUCCAGAUGAUGUCAAAAAAGAACUGUUAGAAAUGUUUGGCAAGUUCAAACAGACAGUCAUAUGGAAAUUUGAAGAACAGUUACCCAACAGCCCUAGCAAUGUUCACAUUGUUCAGUGGGCACCACAGCAAAGUAUUUUAGCACAUGAAAACUGUAUCCUGUUCAUCACACACGGUGGGCUACUUUCAACUACAGAAACAGUGCACUAUGGAGUACCAACAAUAGGAAUACCUGUUUUUGGUGAUCAAUUUGUAAACGUAGCGAGAGCCGUCAAAAAGGGCUUCGCUUUAAAAGUUGAUUUAUCUCAUACGAUGGCAUCAGAUCUCGAGAUAGCUAUUGGGAAAAUACUUGAUAAUCCAAAAUACACAACGAGGAUAAAGGAAUUGUCUCAGAUAUACCACGACAGACCCGUGCCACCGGCUAAGGAGCUAGUUCAUUGGGUAGAACAUGUGGUGAAGACGAGAGGAGCGGUACAUCUUCGCUCUCCAGCGCUCAUGGUCCCGUGGUACCAAAAGCUUUACAUAGAUCUAAUUUUAGUUAUACUUGUCAUUGUUAUAAUUUUAAAAUAUGUUUUUAGAUACCUAUACAGUAUUUUGUUUACGAAAAGAAAAGAAAAAGUCAAUUAGUUGAUAUACAUAUACUCAAAUUAGUUUACUAAUGCAUUUUUGAGAACUCACUCACUAUAUAUGUUUUGUAUCAACUGUCAUUUCAAAAGUACGGUUCACCCUUUAUUACCUAUUCUAAUUAACUAUUCUAAGUAUAAAUAAUUCAAAAUUCAAAAAAAAUUAAUAAUAAUAAAAAAACAAGUAAUAGCCUGUAACAACUGAAGAUCCACGACGCGAUACCAAAUAAAGGAAUAAAAAGAUUACAAAUGCAAUGUGAUUUCUUUUUUUUAUUAAGUUAUCAACAAACCAUAAAUACAUCGAUGCAUAAGACUUAUUUCUGUAUUAUUUUUUAAUUAAAUUCUUUAUUUGAACCAAAUAAUAGGUGUAUAUUUUUUAGCUUGACACCCUGAAACUCUCUUGAAUUUAUGUAGUUGUUGCAUAUUCCCACAGAAAUCCAAUAAUAGUUUAUAUCUAUGCAUAUUCCUCAUGCCAUGCCACAGUGUAAUCAGUUUAGGUACUUCA